AUCCAAGCCCUCGUCCACCUCGCACGCACACUACAAAAGCUCAGCCUGGAAACACUGCUGCCGCCACCGCUGUCGCUGUCGCUGCCGCCGUGCCUCUGACUCAGAUGAGGAAGCUGAAGAUCGGACACAGGUCACCCAGGCUGCAGAAAUAAAAUCUGAACCCAAGGUUUCCCGACUCCAGAGUGAAGGCUUUCUCCUCAAUUUAUUGACCUGAACUGAGUUGUCUUACAUCACAGGGGGGCUCAGGUCUCCUGACAGGCUUAUUACUUCAAGUUUAUUAAUCAGCUUAAGGAUCAGAGAUUUUGGUGUUAAGACCAUCUGCUGCUUCAAUAGGAGAAAUCUUCAGUUGGAAAGAAGUAAGAGGACCAGGAAAUACUGUGUUCAAGACUGAGACAGAUGCCUCUUUGAAGACUUCAAGACAGCACCCUACCAAUACCACCACCACAUACAAGCCCAUACACAGGGUCUCUGUUUCUUUGGAGCAACAUGGCUCAGGAUCUCACUGAGAAGGAGCUGUUAAAAAUGCAGAUCGAUCAACUUAAGAAGGAAGUGAAGAACGAAAGAGUCUUGAUUUCCAAAUCAGGGAAGGCACUUAAGGAGUAUGUGGAAGCUAAUGCUGGAGAUGACCCCCUACUUAAAGGUGUCCCUGAGGACAAAAAUCCCUUUAAAGAGAAAGGUGGUUGUAUGAUAAGUUGACCACCCCUUUUCCCCAUCCUCAACCCAAGGACCAGCUGUUCCCUUGGCAUCUAGAUGAUCACCUACAGACCCAAACCCCUGACAACUAAAUAUCAUUCUACUCUACCCUGACAAUUCUGUCCAUCCUUCUCCAAGGUUAUAUUCAUUCUUCAACAAUUAACUAAUUGGUGUUAAAGGAUAAUUACUGAAUCAGUGUACACUCAAGCAGGAAAAUGCAAUG